GGAGGAUCGUGCUGAAAACAAUCAUCGUCAUCAGAGAGAGGAAAAGCCAAAUCCGUGAAGUGAAUUCUUUGGAUCAUUUCAAGACAGGGAGAAAAGUGCUCAAAUCCAUCGAGAUGGUUGAAGAAUCUCGGCAAGGAAAGUGAUCACACUCCUCAGUAUAGCCCUAAUGGAGAAUGAGACCUCAAUCCAUGGGGGCUACAUCCCACACUACCUUCUCCAAGGGGAUCCCUUUGCUUCUAAGCUGUCCAAAGAGGCAGACAUAGUGGCUGCGUUCUACAUCCUCAUUAUCGGUAUCUUGUCAGCCACUGGAAAUGGCUAUGUCCUAUACAUGACCGCUAAACGGAAGAGCAAGUUGAAGCCACCAGAAUUCAUGACACUGAAUCUAGCUAUAUUCGACUUUGGCAUAUCAGUUACUGGAAAGCCAUUCUUUGUGGUGUCUAGUUUUGCUCAUCGCUGGCUCUUUGGCUGGGAGGGCUGCCGCUUCUAUGGCUGGGCCGGCUUUUUCUUUGGAUGUGGCAGCCUUAUUACUAUGACAAUCGUCAGCUUAGACCGCUACUUGAAAAUCUGCCACUUAAGAUAUGGUACAUGGUUCAAACGGCACCAUGCUCUUCUCUUGGUGGUUUUCAUUUGGUUCUAUGCUGCUUUUUGGGCCACUAUGCCACUGGUGGGCUGGGGUAGCUAUGCCCCUGAGCCAUUUGGCACCUCCUGCACACUGGACUGGUGGCUUGCCCAGGCCUCAGUAGCUGGUCAGAGCUUCGUUAUGUCCAUACUUUUCUUCUGCCUUGUCCUCCCCACUGGCAUUAUCGUCUUCUCCUAUGUCAUGAUUAUCUUCAAGGUGAAGUCUUCAGCCAAAGAAGUCUCUCAUUUCGACACGCGGAAUAAGAACAGCCACAACCUGGAGAUGAAGUUGACUAAGGUGGCGAUGUUGAUCUGUGCAGGGUUUUUAAUAGCGUGGAUCCCUUAUGCUGUGGUCUCUGUGGUGUCUGCUUUUGGGGAGCCUGAUUCAGUGCCUAUUUCAGUCUCUGUUAUACCGACUUUGCUGGCCAAGUCCUCUGCCAUGUACAAUCCAAUCAUAUAUCAAGUCAUUGACUGUAAGAAGAACUGUGAAAAAUCGCUCUGCUUUCAAACAUGGGUUAAAAGGAAACAUUACAAAACAUCAAGGUUCUACUCCAUCACUGCCACCAUGAAAGAGAGACCAGCCAAUGAAGUUCAAAUUGAGAUAAUGAGCAAAUGACAGGAACUCACAGUUGGCCUGUGAUUGGACACUAGGCACUUUUCUUAUUAUUGUGCAAUUUAGAAAUCAAUGCCCUUGCCUAAUUUUGCUGGUGUUUCGUAAUGCUUUUAACAUCACAAACUCUAUGAAACAUCUUUUAAGUUCACAAGUGUGUGUGUGUAUAGAAGAAUUAAGUGGUAAAGAUGAUAUGUGUUUUUAUAUUUUUUAUGGUUAUUUGUUUGUUUUAUAAUCCUGCAUCUGUGAUCCAAACUGUGCACAUCUGUAUUGUUUGUAAAGCACUAUUAAUAUUCCCAGCACAGUACUACAUUUUUUUUGAUAGCUAAAGUAACAAAAACUAGCCUGUGUCCAGUAUGUUGUUUCUCAUUUAUUUGAGUGAGUUGAAACAUGCAAUCAAUUAAAUCUACACAAUAGCGGCAAUUUGCAUGGUUACAGAUAAACAACAAAAUAUAGUUGGAUAUAAACACAAAAUAAGUGGAAACUACCUUGCUGUUAUUUUCAAUCUAAUUGUAUAAACACUGAUGCACUGAUUUAGACUUGAUAUUGAAUUCAGUUUACAUAGUGUAACACAUACUUAGCAUGGUAGUUUUGGGUCAUGUGCAAUGAUUUAUGAUAUUUUUGCAUUUUUUACAUUGAAAAGUGUGUCCCAAUUUUCAAGCUGUAGUCUUGUGAUUUUUCUAAUUUUCAAAAAAUUAAAAACUGCAACAUUUAGGUAGCAUUUAAACACUCUGUUCCAUACAUAAUAGCAUUUUGGAUAUAUCAAUCCACAUAAAAGCAGGCAGUCCCUGUACUUUCAAAGGUUUUUUUCAUUAUAAGUUCUGCAGUGAUUGAAAAUUUCCCAGAAAUAGUCCUAGGAUUGAGAUACAGUUUUUUUUGUACAAGGCAACAAUUAUAAGUUUCAGUAAUUACUUAAUCGAAUACUAAAACAACUCUGAUGUCUGGAAUGAUAGAAGUUUCCUUUUAUAUAACUAAGAGACCCAUUCAGCAAAUUUCCUCACCAUACAAUUAAAGUGAACAUAAUACUAUAUCAACCCAGAAACACUAAAGGAAAUUAUAUAGGUAGAAUGUCUGAGCAGCUCUUUUCAAAAGUGGAUUAAAGUAUUCUAAAAGCAGUCUAUAGACUUUUAUAGAUAGUGAUUAUUCCUUAAAUUUAUAUAGGGGAUUAUUAGGAAGCCAUGAUGGAAAGUGGCCAAGGGGCUACACCCCUUUUUUUAACAGCUCAUCCGAAAGACUGUGCCUUUUUACAAUGCUCCAUCACAAUACUAUGGCAUUUGGACCUACACAGACCAUAAGGUGAGCAUCCCCUGCUAGCCUCACUAAUAUUUACAUAGCUAUAUAUCUAUUUAAUUGCUAUAUAAGUCUUCUGAACACAUACUACAGCUUUGUCUGAGAAACAGAUUAAAGACAUUAUUCACUGAUAAUCUUCCUCUCUGAUGUUGCUCUCAAAUAGAGUUUUGCGUGAUCGGUCACGUGAUGUGAGAGGAAACGGCGUUACGUUUUAGUGAUUUCCAACAUGGAGCAGUGUGGCAUAAGGUGUAUUUUUUUCCUUGAACAUAUUUUAGAGCAAUGGCAAAGGGGAAGAUAAUCGGUGCAUAAUGACUUAAAAUUGAUCUGAUCCUCAGACUUGCAACAUAUUGCUCAAGUCUUAUUGACAACUUUUAAGAUACUUUAUUAUAUGGAAAAGAGCUGUUCUGUAUAGGAUCUCAUUUUGUGUUUCAUUGAUGAAAGGAAAUAAUAUUGGAUCGCAACAACAUUGACAAAUGAAGGAAAUGAUGACCACAUCUUUAUUUUUGGGUGAAAUAUUCCUUUAAAAUCCAGAUUUUAAGAUCCAGGUUUAUUCAGAUUUUCAGUAAUUUGCCCAAAAGUUUACGUUCCUAUCAAAUCCGCAUCCUCCAGUUGCAGGAAGAGGUGAAUGUACUAGCUGCUUCGCUUUAAGGCUCCAAUUUUGCUACUCAUUCUACAUAAAACAUAUUGUUAUGGUCGUAACUAAGGGUUAUUAAACAUUUUCACAAAGCACUUAAUAUGCAAUUUGAUGCAAAAUGUAGUAUGCCUUGAGUGUUCUUAUUAAGUAAAUCUAAUUGGUGAUGUGAGAGGCUUAUACAGACCUGAAGGAUACUUACCAAAGAUUUGCAUAUUUCAAAUGGGACAUGCAUUUUUCCAAUAUGUAAUAUUAUUUUACAUACUAUUUUAUGAAUUCAUUAUUGCAAUAAAGGCUAUAACCAUAACUAACAACAACAUAACUUAUCUUUUACUCUGUCCAGCUUCC